AUGACCCUCAACAACAACCCCCCCAUCAACUGGCGCACAUUCCUCAUCUGUGUGACCAUCUCGUUAGGCCAGGUCGUCGGCGCCUACGAGUCGGCCCUGAUCGGGACCACCCUCCAAAAGACCGAUUUCAUGCAGCGGAUGGCGCUGUGGGAUAGCGGUGGGAACCAGACACCAGAUUAUAGUUCUCGCGAGGGGGCUAUUGUUGGGUUGUUCCAGUGCGGUGCCGUCUUUGGCAACAUUAUUGCUGCGAUCAUCAUGGACCGAUGGGGCCGCAAGGCUGGCCUGCUGGUUGGGUCUGUUGUCUCGCUUCCUGCACUGGCCGGUAUGACGGGAGCCAUGGGUCUGCCAGAGUUUCUCGUCUUUCGGUUCCUGGCUGGGCUCGGGACUUGGUGCUGCGGUACAUCUGCAUCCGCCUACAUCCCCGAGCUGGCACCCCCAGCCUACAGAGGCUUCUUCGCCGGGAUGAACGGCGUCAUGAUCGGUGUUGGCCUGUGCCUCGCCUCGUAUAUUGGUAUGGGCUUCUACUUUUCCGAAAACGUGGUGGCGCAGUGGCGAGCCCCCAUGGGCAUCCCCCUAUUCUGCCCCCUCGUCCUCCUCUGCGUGAUCCCUUUCCUCCCCGAAUCGCCACGCUACCUCCUCCUAAAAGACCGACCCGAGGAAGCACGCCGGAUCUACAACGACCUCAAUGCGACUCCCAACUCAUCACCCGCAGAAAUAUCAGGGCUCGAUGAAGAAUUCACCCAAAUGAAACGGCAAGCAGAGCACGACCGCUCCCUCGAUUCCUCCUGGAAAGCCUUCCUCACGCACCCCGUCAACCGCAAACGCGUCUUCAUCGCCAUCAUGCUUGGCUUCCUGGGCCAAAGCACAGGCGUCUUUGUGAUAAACAACUACGGGCAGACCUUUUACCAGAAACUCGGCUUUGGCCCAGACGCCCGCCAGAUUCUUCAGGGGAACCGCGAUCUCAUAGCCCUGUUGGGUAACAUGCUCGGAACGUGGAUUAUCGACCGUGCGGGUCGGCGACCUGUUCUUCUUGUUGCGUUUGUCGGCUGCUUCGUGUGUGUUCUCCUUGAGGCGAUCAUGGUUGCGCUGUAUGCGGACUCGGAUAAUACGGCGGGGAAGAACACCGGGGUCGCCCUGCUGUACAUCUUCCUCAUGUUCUAUGCGUCUGGGAUUGACGUGGGCACGUACGUCUACAUCGGCGAGAUGUUUCCGAACCACCUGCGCGUCAAGGGUGUGGCGAUCGGACUGUCCUCGCUUACGGUCACGGCGACGAUUUACCUGAGUGUGACCAGCACGGCGUUUGAGGCGAUUGGUUGGAAGUUUUUCCUGCUCUUUGCCGUCCUCAGCCUCUGCGGCACAAUCUGGAUCGCUCUCUUCAUCCCUGAAACCAGGUGCCUGCCGCUCGAGGAGAUCGAGGCGCUGUUUGGCAACACGCAGGAUACCGUUGUUAUUUCUUCUGCUCGGAUGGUUCAAGUUGGGCAGGGGGGUGAUACUGGUGAGGCGGAGAAGGGGAUGGUCGAGCAUGUAGAGCGGUGA